AUGCUUGCCUCUGCUCUCUGCAUCCCAUUCGAGAAAUGUCACUCCCAUGUCCCCACCAUACUUACAAGAAAGCAGCCCCAGAGCAGAACCCCACCUCCGUACACAGCCAUCGCCAGUCCAGAUGCCAGUGGUAGUCCAGUAAUAAACUGCCAUGUGUGCCAAUCUCUCAAUUUGGAUGGCAAGCUUCACCAGCACGUGGCUAAGUGCACGGUUUGCAAUGAUGCUAUGCCAGUCAAAAAUCCCCCAACAGGGAAGAAGUAUGUUAGAUGCCCUUGUAAUUGUCUCCUCAUUUAUAAGGACACAUCACGGCAAAUAGGAUGUCCAAGACCCACCUGUAGACACACAAUUAACCUUGGCCCAGUAAUGCUUAUUUCUGAAGAACAGCCAGCUCAACCUGCAUUGCCAGUCCGACCAGAAGGUACAAGGAUCAUGUGUGGGCACUGUGGAAACAUGUUCUUGUGGAUGGAACUGAGGUUCAACACUCUGGCAAAAUGCCCACACUGCAAAAACAUUUCCUCAGUGGGUAGUGCACUUCCUCGAAGGUGCUGCUGUGCAUAUAUUACCAUUGGAAUGAUAUGUAUUUUCACUGGAGUUAAAUUAACUAUUGGCACCCAAGAUUUUGCAAGGCAAUUUCAUGCAACCUAUGUUUCUUGGGCAGUUGCUUAUCUCUUAGCUUUGAUCUGCCUUAUCUGA